AUGAUGUCUUAUCUUAAGCAACCACCUUAUGCAGUCAAUGGCCUGAGUCUCACAACCUCGGGCAUGGAUUUGUUGCAUCCGUCCGUCGGUUAUCCCGGGGACACUCGGGAUGUGCUGGAGGCCCUUUUCGCCAAGACCCGCUACCCCGACAUCUUCAUGCGGGAGGAGGUGGCCCUGAAAAUCAACCUGCCCGAGUCCAGAGUACAGGUAUGGUUUAAAAACCGCCGGGCCAAGUGGCAGCAGCAGCAGCAGCAGCAGAACGGGGGCCAGAACAAGGUACGGCCAGCUAAAAAGAAGAAUUCGCCGGCCCGGGAAGUGAGUUCGGAGAGCGGGACCAGCGGGCAGUUCACUCCCCCCUCCAGCACCUCAGUCCCCACCAUUUCCAGCAGCAGUGCCCCCGUAUCCAUCUGGAGCCCAGCGUCCAUCUCCCCGCUCUCAGACCCCCUGUCCACCUCUUCCUCCUGCAUGCAGAGAUCCUACCCGAUGACCUACACCCAGGCAUCCGGCUACAGCCAAGGAUACGCUGGCUCGACCUCCUAUUUCGGAGGGAUGGACUGUGGAUCUUACUUGACCCCUAUGCACCACCAGCUUCCCGGACCAGGGGCCACCCUGAGUCCCAUGGGCGCCAACGCGGUCACCAGCCACCUCAACCAGUCUCCAGCCUCCCUCUCCACCCAGGGCUAUGGAGCCUCCAGUUUGGGCUUUAACUCCACCACCGAUUGCUUGGAUUAUAAAGACCAAACCGCCUCCUGGAAGUUAAACUUCAAUGCUGACUGCUUGGAUUAUAAGGACCAGACAUCGUCAUGGAAGUUCCAGGUUUUGUGA